GUCGUGAUUUUGUCAUUAAACAAAUCGUUCGUUACGUUUGUUUGUUUUUCUACUUCGUUUAUUGUGCUAAAGAGAUUCGAAUACCUCAAAAUGGCUUUGGCUAUGCAAAGGAAAGCAAACGUACGUUUACCCCCAGAAAUCAACAGGAUACUCUAUAUUAGGAAUUUACCUUACAAGAUAACUGCUGAAGAAAUGUAUGACAUAUUUGGAAAAUACGGAGCCAUAAGACAAAUAAGAGUGGGAAACACACCUGAAACUCGUGGAACAGCUUUCGUUGUUUAUGAAGACAUUUUCGAUGCCAAAAAUGCCUGUGAUCAUCUAUCCGGAUUCAAUGUUUGUAAUCGUUAUCUUGUUGUGCUGUACUAUCAAGCCAGCAAAGCUUUCAAGAAAACUGAUAUUGAGAAGAAACAGGAAGAAAUUGAUAAAAUGAAAACCAAAUAUGGAAUCAAUACAUAAACCUUAUGUAUGACUGAUCUAAGAAAUGUAUAUAAACAGCGGAGUAUUUCUUGUUUGGACGUACUCGCACAAACUAAUCAAGAUGUACUCAUUAAGGAAUCCUUCAUAUUCUUACUGAUUGUUGUUAUCAAAUUUUCCCGAGUAUGAAUGAUCAUUUAUGUAGUAUUGAAGUGUAUUUUUGGAAUUAUAUUCUAAAAGAGGAAAAUAAAUGACUGUGGAAAAAUUA